CUGUUAAAGAGCCUCAUUUUUGUCCUCCAGAAGUUUUUUUUUUUUUUUUGCAUGCUUCAGCAUGCUUUUGUAACUCAGUGCUUGCCUGGAUCUUGACUCCAUACAUCCUGAAAUGUCUUUAGGGGGAAAUGAAAUUGUAUUGGGUGAAGACAUCCUGAAUGAUAAACUGCAUGCGAGUUGAAAUGUUUUGCAAGACCAAUUCUGUACAUACAUAUCCAGUGAAAAAGUCACCUAUGUAAAUUUCAGUUUAUUUAAAAUUCCUCAGCCUUUCCCUAUCUCUAGUCUAGAUAGGCUGGAUUAUAAUGCCCAUUAUCCACAGCCAGUCACUUUGCUGUUUGGGGAUGAUGGGUUUGUAGUCCAACACACCUGGAGGGUGCCAAGCUGGGGAAGACUGGUCCUCAGACGUCCCUUAUUCCAGACCUACUAGGAUGUGACGUUAAGCACCUUUGUGACCUCAGGGAAACGUGAGCCCCUCAGAACUUCAGGUUGUAGGAAAGGACCUCGGAGCUCUUUUUCUUUCUGCUACAGUCCUGCCAAAAAUCUCCUCCCUGAAGCUGCCAUUUUCAUUUAAUAUUCAGUGGCUGUUUCCCUCCCUAGAAAUGCAGAGAGCUUCCAAGAGGGUUCCCCCCACCCACCACCCUCUCUGCUCUAAGAACAUUGUUGACACUUUGAGGAUGCCCAGGCAGGGAUACUGUUCAGAUGAUGAACUGGUGGUGCUAAGCAACUCCGGGACUGUGAUGAAAUGGCACCUUCACCAAAAGAACAGCACCCUGCUGGUGGACGGCAGGGAUCUGCAUUUCCUGAAAGCCCCCCGGGGCCAGGUGUCUCCAGAUCUGCAGUUCCUCCUUUUGGCCUGUGAUGUGCAACAGGUUUUCCGCUAUUCUGUCACAGCUCACUACAUGAUCUAUAACUUGGGCACCAGAGAAACAAGCCACCUAGAUGUGCCCAUGGCGGACUCUGUGCGUCUGCAGUACGCAUCCUGGGGAGCCCAGAAUAACCAGCUGGUGUUUGUCUUGGAUAAUGACAUUUUCUAUCAACCUGGUGUCUCCAGCCGAGCCGAGCGUAUCACCUCAUCUGGGCAACAGGGAGUGAUCUUCAAUGGGAUUUCUGACUGGCUGUAUGAAGAGGAGAUCCUGAAGGCAUCCAGUGCCCACUGGUGUUCACCUGAUGGUGCAUGGCUGGCCUAUCUUACCAUCAACAAUUCCCUGGUGCCCAAGAUGGAGCUGCCCCAGUUCCUGGGAGGAAAGUACCCAGCCAGCCGCCACUACCCUUAUCCCAAGGCUGGCCAGCUCAUCCCAUCAGUUCAGCUUUUUGUGGUGAACUUAUCAGAGGCGGCACCUCACGGGCUGGAAAUUCACCCUCCUGAACUCUUCCAGGGCAGGGAAUAUUACAUCACCAUGGUGAAGUGGGUGGCCCUUGCCCGGCUGGCUGUGCGGUGGCUGAACAGGCCGCAGAACAUGUCUGUGUGGAGCUUGUGCGAAGCGGCCACCGGAGCCUGUGCUGAGAAAUACAGAGUGACAUCGGACUCCUGGGUGGACAUGAAGCAGGGAGUGCCUGUCUUUUCCGAAGAUGCCGAGACCUUGUUUCUGACGGUGCCCGUGAAGCAGGGCGCCCAAGGAGAAUUCCACCAUAUCACCAUGCUCUCCACCCAGACCAGGCGCAAGUUGAGCACGAUGCGCCUCCUCACCUCUGGGAGCUGGGAUGUCACCAGGAUCCUGGCAUAUGAUGAGAAGAGGAAGAGGCUGUAUUUCCUGAGUUCAGAAGACAGGCCCAGUGCGAGACAUCUGUACAGCGUGGAUCUUGAUGGCUCCUUCAACCGCUCGUGCGUGACGUGCGGCCUGCGACCCGGCUGUUCUUUCGUUGAUGCCAGUUUCAGCCCUCAGAUGGAGUAUUUUACACUGUUCUGCAAAGGACCUGGAAUUCCUCAAGUCUCUGUUCACUCUACAGCUAAUCCCCAUGACUUUCUUCUACUGGAAGAAAACCAGCCCUUGCAAGAUGGCCUUCUGCAUAAGGAGAUGCUAUUGAUAGAAUUCUGGUCCUACCAGCUAACCAACUAUGACCUGCCUGUGCGUGUGACCUUGCCACCACUACACCAGCGCACCUUCUGUCCGCUGCUACUGAUGCUCCCAGAAGCCCCAGGAGACCAGAUGGCUACUGAGGAAUUCCACCUGGGCUGGGACACCGUGCUUGCUAGUUCCUUGGGCGCUGUGGUGGUCCGAUUUGACGGUUGGGGCCCUGGCAACCAGGGACUCAAGCUCUUGCACAAGGUCAACCACCGCCUGGGCUACCUGGAUGUCAUGAACCACAUCGUUCUGUUGGAGUGGCUGUUCAAGCUCCCUUAUGUGGAUCGAAGGCGCACUGCAGUCUACGGAAAGGCCUAUGGAGGCUUUUUAGCACUGAAGCUUAUGGAAACAUUGGACAACCUCUUUAAAUGUGGAGCAGCUGUGGCGCCCAUCACCAGCUUUCGUUUCCAUGCUGCCACUUUCUCUGAACGCUACCUGGGGAUGCCAGCCCGUGAGGAUGCAGCUUACACGGUGGCCUCCGUAUUGGAGGAUGCAGCUCGCCUCAAGGACAAAAACAUCCUGCUUGUGCAUGGGACUGGGGAUGCCACGGUGCAUUUCCAGCACACAGCCGAACUUCUUAUCCAGUUGCUGGCUGCGGAGUCCAACUACACCACCCAGAUCUACCCAGAUGAAGGCCACACAUUCUUCUCCAGUGCCAACCAGCGCCACCUCCUCCAGACCCUUUCCUCCUUCUUCCAGCGUUGCUUCGAGGAUUCAGAGCAUGCCCAUCUACUGGAUGAAGAAGAUGAGGACUCAUAGUGCUUUUCCCUGGAGAGAGAUUGAGCACCCACCAGAUGCCAAGCUCCCCGGGCCUUUUCUUUGCUGUGCUGCUGGCUCUUGGUAGCACUUUUCACAGCCCCAUCUGCCCCAGCACCAACGGUGCUAAAUGUGCACAGCAUUUAGCAUACCAUUUGUCACUGACCACAGAAUUAAGCAUCUUGAUCUUUCCAGAUAUUUUUUAAAAUAUAUUAAUCUCCCAUCGCCACCAAGUUUCCAGUCCUCAGGGUUGUGAAGAUAGCUUUUUAAGUGCAUGAGUGGACAUACAGAAUGGCUAGCGAAGAGCCAGAGGAGUCUCAGUAGGAUUUUCAUUCCUCAAGGGGUUGUUGUUGGCUUUUCUGCAUGCCUUGCAAAUUUCUCCACCCAACCAGAGGAAUAGUGGAAGCAAGCUGUGAUGUAACUUGUGCAAAUAUAUGCAAAUUUGCUGUUCGAUGCUAUGUCUACAAGUUGCAAAAUUUUGCUUUGCUUUUCUUUGCAGAGGUGGCUCACUCAUUGCAGAUUCCUCCACUCCCACCCCUCUUUUUCAGCCCUGAAUACACAGUCUGCCAAAGGGCUGAAAAAAAUACUCUGUUGCUGAGAGGUCGAACUAUGAACCAGGAAGUUCCAAAUUAAAAUGCUGUCUCUUUUGUGCACGGACUAGAUAGCCUUAGGCAAGCCACCAUCGCAAGGCUUCAUAGGAAUAUCGAUUGCUGCUUCAUAGACCAGGUCAGACUGCUUCUCCAUCUUCUCUGAACCGCAGGGGCUCUCCAGGGUCUCAAACAGAGAAGGGUCUUUAAUCCUAUUGCUAUGAGAGCUUCCUUGUUCUAAUGAGGGCUGCCGGGGGCUGAACCUGGGAACUUUUGCACGUGAAGCAUAAAUGCUCUUCCAUGCAGCUAAUCAUUCCUACUUUGCUGCCCACUGCCAUAACAAAAAUAAUUGUUUUGACCUCCCUUCUAGGAGUGUCAUGAGGAUUAUGUGAAGAAUUUGGAGCACUUAAAUGGUUAAGAAUGAUCAGUUCUUUUAAAAGCAAACUGUUGGAUGGCCACAUGCUGUAGAUCUCAGGGUUCUGGUAACUGGAACAGCAACUUUUCGCAUUCUGGUCACACAGGGAGGGACGGGCAACUGCAGGACAUCUGGGUGUCACGUUGCUUCCCAGAAACUUCAGUACCACCACGAGCCACAAUCGUGCCACACCGUCUGUAAGGUGCUCAAAAGAGAGGGGAAAAACAAAAAUGGUGAUUGGCUGUCAAAAUUCUGCGUCAAGCUGCUCUGUCGUUCUGAAGAAGUUCAGUCCCGCUUGUUUUGCAGGCCAGCUUAAUUUAGCGCUCUGCAGCAACAGCAUACCAUUUUGUUUGUUUUCAAAACGGGGCUUUGCCACCGGCUCAUUCCUCCAUAUGGCAAAGGGCACGUGCAACCGGCAUGCCCCAUGUCGCCCACCCCUGCCGCACCAGCCGCAGGAUGUUCCAGGCCUCUGACACUCCCUCCCAGAAAGCCUCUGCCCAUGAGCAGGCCAAGUGGGAAGGAGGUGGGGCAGUGGACAGGGCCAUCUCAUGCGGGGGAACAGCACUGUCGGACACUCCCUUGAAAGCAUAAAAAGCGCUCCGCAAGAAGCCAAUGUAUACAGCAUCAAAGAGGAACAACAGGGUAACUCAGCCAGAAUGGCUUGCCUAUAAAUGUUUGCUUUUAUUUCCAGAGAGUUUGCUUGCUUGUUUAUUUGUUUGUUUGUUCAUUUUCUGUACCGCCCCAUAGCUGAAGUUUGUUUGACUUCCACAUGCAGGGAUAUUAGACAUGGCAUCCCCACCUUCAGAAUGAAAUGGUGCAGUUCCAGGGAGGUCCAGGGUCUCCCAAGAGAAAUGUUGCUGCCUGAGGGAGACCCCCAACGCCCCUUCUGUGCAAUUCCUCUUUGACAUGGCUGGGAAUGGCAAGCAGGAGGUAUACGGCCUGAUGACCAGGGGGAGUCUGGAAGUCAAGAGGCUGCCUGUAGAUUGGUAGCUGCAGCGCUGGGUGCAAAUAAAAUAACAGGGUCGAGGGGCAGUCACUGGUGGGGGGGGAGCAUCUCCCCACCCCCACAGCAAUCAGCCCACUGUCAAGCGGAGGGGCUUCCCACCCCAUCACCCUUUGACCUCCCUGUGUGUGUGCAGGGCACUGACAGGCAGAAUCACCCUCCCAACUUGAUGCCUUCCUGUGACCGCACAUGGCGCUGACAGGCAGACUGGCCCCCACUCAACCUACCGACAAUAAAAAUAUAGCCAUAAUAAAAUUAAAAGGUGGUCUGAAUGGUACCAAACUAUCUGUGGUUUGAGAUGGCUGCCUCUCUAUGCCACUUUACCUUCUCAGGGUUUUGGCAGCUUAUUCUAUUCUGAACAGACCAGGCCUCUCGAGAGCCCCAAGAAUGAUCUGCUGGUUGGGUCAAAUACUCCAAACUCUGUUUGUGGCUUGGUUGCCCAUUCUUGCCCACUGCUGCUGCUGCGCUUUGGACAGCCAGUGGGAAGUUUUUUCCCAUCGCUUUAUUCCUACUCUAGGCCAGAAAAAAGUUGCCUUUGUGGCAGACAGCAAUGAAAAAAGGAAGGGCAGAAAUAUGUGUCCCCCCUCCCCCUCCCCUGCUCUUUUACUUGCACCCUGCAUUGCAGCCACCGCUCUCUGGGCAGUCUCUUAACUUCCAGACUCCUCCCUGGCCAUCAGGCUUCAUGCCUCCUCUUUGCCACUCCCAGGUCCAUCGAGCAAGAUUUGGGUACAGGCACAGCAACCCUUGACCCUUCAAGGUGUACAGAUAGACAGACCUUCCAACAGAAGAAGUGGUAACACCUGAUAUUCCCAUAUACUUGAGAGGCUGAGAAAAUGAAAGCAACCCUGUCUAAUGUAAGUGUUCUGCAGGCUAUAGAAUCAAUCUCUCUCUCUCAUUCUCUCUCUCUGUCCCUCUCCCUCCCUCCCAUAUAUAGAUGCUUCCCCCAUCACCCAAACUUGCCAGUUGUUCACCUUAGGGGCAAACAAAAUGCAAUAGUUCCUAAAUUUGCUCAGGAUUCCAGAUUCUUCUUUGGAAAUUCAGAGAUUUCUUUGCAGAAUUGGCUGGGUUUUUCAGAGUUCUUCCCACGCGGCAGCUUUUUAAGAGUAUUAGGAGACUUUCCAAAGUCCAGUACCAUUCAAAUAUACCACUGGACUUCACACAAGGGGCACAAUUCUAUUCUUGCUCCCAUUAAGUUGAAUGGGAAAAAUGCAAAAUGGUUUGAAUUCAUAGAAAACUUUCACCCAGCUCUCAAAACAUCCAGACAGCUCCUCCUGUUCCAUUUUCAGAAAAUCCCUUGCAUGUGCUGACCUCUGCAGUGAAACUCUGAAUCUCUAGGUUAAUGCAAACAUGGGAAGGGAGCGUAUGCCUUUUAAUAGUCACAUCGAUCGUUUUCAGCAAGUGCUUUUUCCUUCUGGCAGCUGCUAUUGUUAUGAAAUAGGUAUCUAUUGAUGAAUCCAAAGGGAUUCUAUAGUGUGUGGCAGCUCAAAACCCACCUCUCUCUUCAGCUCAGUCUUUUCUAAAGGAUACUUUUUUUUGCCUCACCUCCAAUGGGAGCCAUUUUGUGAUGGUGCCCAGGACAGUUUUUCAAAUAUCCAAAUGUGUUCAUGGCUCAAAAAGAUUGCCUAUGUGCUACGUUCUGAAGAUUCACUGGGAAAGAGGCCUCUGCAGUGUUUGUGUUUCCUGAAAUCUUCAUAAAGGGAGUGUCUGUCCGGUGUAUCUGUUCGGUGCUAUUAAAAACCAGCCUCACAUUUUGUCUUACCCUAAAUGUGCAUGAAAGAGAUGUAGCAAACAAAAGGACGCAUAAAAGUUUGGGAGACCACAAAAAGACACAUGGUAGGGAGAGGGAGGCACCCUGCUUUUGAAUUUGCACCAUUUCAAUCUGAGAUUUGCACAUACUAGUGUAUGUAUGUACACUACUCCUGUACUGUAUGUGCACUACUCCUAGUUUAGGGCAAUCAUUUUUUGACAAGGAAACCAAGUUGUUUAGCAACUAAUGUAUUCCUCUCUCAUGCUUAUUUGUAGUUUCUGUGUUGCUCUUGUUGAGGUCUCAAAUCAAAGAGGCUGCAUACCAUUCCGUUGCGCCAAGUACCCUGCCUCUGAGUAGUGGGAUUCAUGAAAGUUGUAGCUAAUAAAGUUGUGCCUUGCUUUAAACCUA